AUGGGGUUGCCGGAGGUGAAGAAGCAGCAGCAGCUGGUGCACAGUACGCGAGUGGAAGAUCGUCACGGGCACCAGCACCAGCAGCACCAAGACGGCAGCAAGGUCUGGGUCCUGGGCCUAUCCGGCGCCGGGAUCGCCACCCUGCCGCUGCAGCAGCUCAAGCCCGUCAAGACCGGCCGCCGACGGCAUGCCGCCACCGCCACCACCGAGGAGGAGGGAGAGGAAGAGCCCGUGACGCCGAGAGGGGAAGGGUGGAGGAUACCGACGGAGGCGGCGACGUGCCCACCCGCGCCCAAGAAGCCCAGGACGGCGGUGUCCAUCAUCAGAGGCACUGCCGCCGCCGCCGGUCGCCGGUGCAACUACGACGGCGGCGAGGUGCUCGACGAGUUCUUCCGCGUGCCGGCGGAUUUGGAGGCCGUCUUCGUCGCCCGCGCAGCCAAGGCGAACUAG